AUUUCAUACCUUAUUUAUUCCCUACAUUGCUAUGGCAAAGGUUUCUGUACGCAUUUUAAAGCGCUUGGAUUCCAAGAGGAAGAAUUAAAAUACAGUUUGUGAGAUGCUUCUCUUAAGGACCGCUUAUAAUAUAAACUCUUUACAACAUGUAUGUCGCUGGCCUUGUCAUUUUUAUAAUGAUGAACCAUUGCUCAGCAAUAAAAAUUGAAGGGUGCGGUUCUGAUCAGCAUCUGGUAGUGGAGCAAGCUCAAAGGUCCUUCGUCUUGACGUGCAAAGAAAUCACAGCAGGUUAUCAUGUUACCUGGUUCUUCAGAAAACAUCACAAGACCUGGAGCGAUUUUAUCAGUGCAGCAGUUUGCUACACCUACAAUGUACAUUGCUAUAGAUGGCUGCAGACACUGACAGCUCAUCGUAUUAACGACUCGGUCAUUGAACUUCGCGUCCAAGAUGUCUUCCACGAGAGACCCAGCCUUAUCCAGGACAGCAGCAUCACCUGUCGAGAAUUUGAUGACAACAACAACUUCAUGCACGAUUACACCUGUAACCUGCACGUGAUACCCUUUCCAUCAAUUAACUGCACAGCGGAAAUGAAGCCAGAUAAAUCCUCCCUCUCAGGACAUUGUCAUGUUACACAAAUUUACUUCACAGAAAGACUCUACCAGUGCCGGUGGAGCUGGUCUCAAGAGCAUGGGGACAAUAGAAAGAUGAUUGGAACCUCAAGGGUCAUCCAAACACAUGACAGCCAUACAGGGACUUGCAGCAUGGAUCUUCCCCUGCCGACCGCAGACUACUAUCUAUAUGGAGUGGAUCUUCUUCCUGAUCACUUCUAUACCAAAGUUACUAUCCAAAUUACAUAAUAUUCAAACGGCAU